ACGGCAAGACGUCUGUAUACCGGAAUAAUGGUACAUUUCUCUUUCGUGAUUUCCAUUUUAUUGUAUAAGGCAUAUUACAGCAACCGUUGCUUAACAUUGAGCAUAAUGACAGUGAGGUAAUGUCAUUUCUUUAUCAACAUUAACAGAGUUGUCUAGAUUGCCUUCUUCGCUGACAGUUACGCCAAGAGUGGAAAUUUCACAGCUUGUAAAUAUCUUGUAGACCAAGUUCCUGUUGUCUGUAUUCGGGCCAUUGGCGUUAAGAGUUGGAUAAGUAUCUGAAACAGCUUUAAAUGCCACCGUUAUUUUGCAGACUUCGUCAGGAGCACUGUUGCAAACAGAAACAUGUUUUAAAACUCAGUGUAAAGGAGAGUAACUCUACAACAAACACCCCAUACUGCCAUGAAACUAUGCCACUAGUCUUGCUCUACAUGUAGUACGCAUUUCUCAUCGCCCACGCCAAAACAAAACAAAAAAAAUGGAAAUUGGAAACAUUGCAUGGAACAAUCGACUGCCAAAAUAUACUAGCUCUCGAUUCUCGAAAACAGUCGAUAUUUUCAGCGUGAUUACUAGCGACAUUCACGACAAACACGACAGUAGUUUGCCUUGUCAGAAGUUUCUGAGUAAACGUGGAAAACUGAGUGUAAAGUUUACGGAUGCAAAGUUGUACACAAUCCAUCUGUUAUUGUCAAUUGAAGUCAGUUGAUUAUCAGUAUGCGUCUCAAAGAAAAUGAUCCUGGAGCUGCUCAGUACGGAAAUUUUAUAAAUUAUUAUCAAUUUCACCCUACGGAAGCAAGAAUAAAGUCCUUACCAACAGAUGUUUGGAAUGUUAACGCAGGCGAAGACAUGAUUUGCCUCGAUGUGGGAUCUAACUCGGGGGAACUGACACAAGCAUUAUAUGAGUUCAUCUUGUCAAAUCUGCAUACAGUAGAUGAUGAAAAUAAAGUGGACAGUCUGCAAAACUCGCAAUGUAAAGGAAGCAGUUGUUACUUUUUAGUGACAAUGUGGAUACAUUUAAAUUAUGGAGAUGAAGGGUUGAUUAAAUUUCUUAAGGACUUAUGUGCAUGGACAAAAGUUUUAGUGAUUGAACCACAACCGUGGAAGUGUUACAGAGCAGCAGCGAGAAGGUUGUGGCGUGCUAAGGGCAAAACCUUUCCUGAAUUGGAUGCUUUAACAAUAAGACACAAUGUAGAGACUGAAAUUGAAGACAUUCUUGAAAAGAAAUGUAAUUUUAGUAAAGUAUUGGAAACUACUUCUGAAGACUGGAAAAGGAAAAUAAUAUUUUUCAGAAGACACGACUCCUAGUAAAAUGUGCAGGUGAAAAGUUAUCAACAUGAUUACACCUGUAUUCCCAUUAGCCUCUCUUUAUUUCACUAGAUGAAAUGCCAGUAUUUUUUAAGAGUAAAAGUUAUAAACGUCAUACACUUUCUGCCCAUACAGCAUGAUGCACUACAAUCUAACUUGCAGGGCAGGAAGGUGAGCCAGACCUAGUUCAAAUCUGCAUGGCACGUUAAUGAGUGUUGCUGGUGUACCAGCCAACCUGGAUGUGAUUUUUAAGCAGUUUUCCUGGCUCAUUUAUGCAAAUGCUAAGCUGAUCCACACUUUCUGCCUCAGAUAAUGCAUUACACAAACAUUUAAAAUACAAUCACACACAGAACAAAGUUUACACAAUUUGCAGGCAAGAGAUGCACAUGGCUUCCCUCCUUUAGGUAACUGAUGACUGCAGCAACAAGGAGGGCAGCCCCACGUAAUAAAAUGAAAUCUCUGAAACUUGGGUGCAAUAGAGCCAGAAUCUACAUCAUGAUAAACACUAAAUAUAAGAAGAAUAUUCUAAGUCACACACUUACGUGAACACUUAUUGUCCUAUAUAAAGUAUUCCACCUUCAUCUGCUUGCAUUUCAUUCUUCCUUCUUUUAAUGAUGGAAAAAAUUGUAUUGUAAACUUUGGUUUUUUGUUUAACUUGCCCAUAUGAAACACAUUUCAGAAUCUUUCUGCAAGUUUUCACCAUCAGUACCUUAAAUAAUAUCUCUCUCUCUCUCUCUCUCUCUCUCUCUCUCUCUCUCUCUCUCUCUCUCUGGCUGUGUGUGUGUGUGUGUGUGUGUGUGUGUGUGUGUGUGUGUGUGUGUGUGUGAGAGAGAGAGAGAGAGAGAGAGAGUGAGAGUAGUAGUAGUAGUAGUAGUAGUAGUAGUAGUAGUAGUAGUAGUAGUACCACCAGUCUAAGGUUCUAGUAAAGAAAAGGGAGGAAAAACGAAAACUCAUAUACAAAUGAUAUUUAUUCUUUAUAAUUUUCAUUGCUUACUUCCAAUUGUUUGUUGCCUUCAGAGUGUAUGUGAGUCACAGGAGCACUGUGCAUUCACUGCUAACCUUCCAUGUUAUGUGCAAAGCUACCCCAAGUGGAAGGGGCAGAAUGUAAGUCAGAAUGAUUUUGAGAGUUAUAAACAGCCAUUUCCAGUCAAUGGAAAAUGCUCAGAAACCAUUGUCUCAUCAUGAUUGUACCAUGUUUGAACAACUCAAAAUCUGUUUGGGAAGUGUGGAGCUCAACUUGAUGUCUGAACAUUGGAUUUAGGUUUCCCAUUGUUCCCCAGAAUAACAAGUGAAUGCUAAGUAGAUACAUUAAUCAAGGUUAUGCCCAAUACUUUUUCCACCUAUAUUUCUCCAGUUGUAACUGAUGUUAGACUGCAAUAAGCUGACUGUUAAUAGUGUGUUAAACUCUAAUCUUGAGAUGCACGAUUAUUAAAUGUUUCUGCCAGCUUUAAUAUACCAUGCAGCUUAGAGGUUAAGUCUACUCUGCAGUAGAGUUGAAAAGGUGCAAUACAUAUCUAGUGAUCUCAUUUUUCUGUGCUAUCUGAUGUCUUCUUUUUAAAAAAAAGUCCCGUAUUCUGCCAAAAGAUGCUGUGUUGUCUACUUUGACAGACUAAAGUGACAUUUUUUGAGUACAAUCAAGCUGUAGAACAUUACUUAUGCACAUCACCGUGCUUCCACAUCUUUGAUUUUUUUAUAUUUUUCUAUACAAAAUUUGUGACAGAGGCACUAUGAAUUUCAUAAAUAUUGAAUAUAGUUUUGUGGGAAAUGUAUUAACAUAGCAUAGUUCGGUAAGCAGAGGGGAAAAAAAUAAUAUUUCAGUGCAGAAUCAUAUUCUGUGUAACAGAAUUUUUUAGAAUAGUUUGUUAAAAAUGAGCUAGUCACAGUUAAUACCCACGCACAAUGAUAGAAUACCCCAUGCAUCAAAUUCGGUACAGUUCCUAUAGUAGUUUGUCAAGUGAGAGACUUGGUGGAAGAGAAUAAUCCUUGAAAUCUGACAUGUUUUCAUUGGCAUUAUGUUGUUAUUAACAAUUGAAUAUCACUUUCAUUCUCACGUAACAGAUAUUCAUCAUGACUGUGGGUGUUAAAGACCUUUCUGUGUGGAAUGGUAAUUUU